AUGAAGUCGGCAAGCCUCCUUGUCGUCUUUUUCAUUAGCCUGCAUCUCAUGGUUGAUGCAGUGCCAAUAUAUGACGGCAAGAAGUUUUGGAGCAAUACCUGGAACAUGACCUGGAAUGCGGUCAAGCGCGGGGGAAAAUGGGCUAAGGAGAACAUCUUUUCGUCGUCAAUCUUUGUGAGCCCGGCAGAUGCCUCGCUGCACAUAAACCCUCCGCCAGUAUAUUGCCACGAAUACACGGCACCUCCAAGCCCAUGCCUGCCCCUG